AUGUGGCCCCCAGCCGACACUGAGGCCGCGGGGGCCCCGGAUGACCCCCAGCCCCAGAGCCUGAGAGCUCUGCUCCCCUCACGGGAAUUCGUGUGCUCCCGCAAGGGCCGCCUCCUCCUAGGAGAAUCGGUGUUGUCUUUCAUCAUCUUUAUCUGCUACAUUGCAUCCACGGCGGCACCGUUCCUGACCGUGCCCCUCUUGAAGUUCCUGCUGGCCCUCUGCUUCUUCUUUGGCUACUUCAUGAAGAUCAAUGAGAAGAUCCCAGGAAUAUGCUGGCCCCUCUCGGACUUUCUUCGCUGUAUCACGGCGGCCAUCAUCUACUUUGCCAUCUCCAUCACGGCCAUCUCCAAGUAUUCGGAUGGAGCUUCCAAAGCCGCUGGAGUAUUUGGCUUCUUCGCCACCAUCGUGUAUGCCUUUGACUUCUACGUGAUCUUUAACGACCUGUCCGGGUUUCUCAAGCAAGGAAAUGCUGCCGGUGACCCCGAAGCCGAAAAGUCGGAAGAGGAAGACUCCAAUUCCGAUUCCGACUGA